AGACACGAUGGCUCAGUUUCAGGAAGUAUCAAAACAGUCCAGCCUGCAUCCUAAGCCUGCAGGGUUGGUUUUGCAGUAUGGAACCGCUGGUUUCAGGACCAACGCCAAACAUCUGGACCACAUCAUGUUCAGGAUGGGACUGCUGGCUACACUCCGCUCCAAAAAAACAAAGGCCACCAUUGGAGUCAUGGUCACUGCAUCUCACAACCCAGAGGAGGACAAUGGGGUGAAGCUUGUUGACCCGAUGGGGGAGAUGGUGACACCGGCAUGGGAGGGCUACGCCACCCAGCUGGCCAACGCAGAGCAGGAAGAUUUGCUUACUGCUCUGAAGGAUGUUAUAGAGAAGGAGGCCAUAAACAUGAGCCAGGAAGCGAAUGUGUUUAUAGGCAAAGACACCAGGAGCAGCAGUGCCAGCCUUUCACAAGCAGUACUGGAUGGAGUGUCUGCUCUUGCCGGUCGCAGCAAAGACUAUGGAUUGCUAACCACCCCACAGCUCCACUACAUGGUUUGCUGUCAGAACACUCAGGGCAAAUAUGGAGAGGCAACAGUGGACGGAUACUACAACAAACUCUGCCAAGCUUUCAUUCAGCUCACCAAGAGUACGUCCAACCGUACAGAUGACCAGAAGCACCUCUGUGUGGACGGUGCUAACGGCAUAGGGGCUCUGAAGGUGCGUGAGAUGGAGGGACAAGUGAAGAGGGAGCUGCAAAUUUCCCUCUUCAACGACGGCAGCAAAGGGAAGCUAAAUCACGAAUGCGGUGCUGACUUUGUGAAAGUGCAGCAGAAACCUCCAACAGGCAUUGAUACAAACGCAGGCGAGCGAUGCUGCUCAUUUGAUGGCGACGCUGACCGAAUAGUGUUUUACUACACUGACCCUGAAGGACAGUUUCACUUGCUAGAUGGAGACAAGAUUGCGACACUCAUCAGCACUUUCCUUAAAGAGACACUCACACAGGCUGGCCUCGACUUGAAGAUCGCUGUGGUGCAAACUGCUUAUGCUAACGGAAGCUCGACACAUUAUUUGGAGGACACUAUGAAAGUAAUAGUGAGGUGCACUAAGACUGGAGUGAAGCACCUCCAUCACGCAGCGCAGGAGUUUGACAUAGGAGUCUACUUUGAGGCAAAUGGCCACGGGACUGUGUUGUUCAGCAAGGCGGCUGAAGAGAAGAUCCAGCAGCUGGCUAAAAAUCCCAACAUCGACGACCAGAGGAAGAGAGCAGCUCUCCUGCUGCAGAACACGAUCAAUGUCAUCAACCAGACUGUAGGUGACGCAAUUUCUGACAUGCUGCUGAUUGAAGCUAUAUUAGCCAUCAAAGGUAUGACUAUCCAGCAGUGGGAUGCCAUCUACACUGACCUGCCAAACAGGCAGCUCAAAGUCAAGGUGGCGGACCGCAGGGUGAUAGACACAACAGAUGCAGAGAGACGGACCGUGAGCCCAGCAGGACUGCAGGAGACCAUUGACAGCUUAGUGAAGAAAUACAAACUGGCCCGCUCCUUCGUUAGACCCUCUGGCACAGAGGAUGUAGUCAGAGUUUAUGCCGAGGCUGAAACUCAGGAGAGUACUGACACCCUCGCACAUGAAGUCAGCCUUGCAGUGUAUCGCCUGGCUGGGGGAGUGGGAGAUGAACCGAAGCCGCUGCACUAGAAACACUAAUGGUCACAAUGUUGAUCCAUCAAUCUAUGCUUUUUUAAUGCUACUCCAGUUGAUCAUUUUCUACAGUCGGAAUUUAUCAAAAUUGCAUGUUUUUUUGUCUGUUUGUUUGUUUUUUUGUUUGUUUGUUUGGUUAGGUGCCAACUUAUUUUGUACUGUUAAAUUCACUUGGUACCUCAAUCUCAAUUUCUAUUUUUUCUGUAUUUCUAUGUUAAGAUAUGGGGGACAAUGGGGAAAAUAAUGAAUGGGUUGUUAUUGCAUCUCAAACAGGCUGUCAUGUGCCUGAAAAUAAUGGUUAACUUCUAACAUAAAUAAGUUACUAUACUGUAUAUAUCACAAACAAAUGAAGACACUCCAUUUCUGGGAGAUUUUAAUGUGGGUUUCAAUCAAAAUUUUAUCAUACUGUGACUUCCUACAACCGUUAAAGUAAGGAAUAUUCUAUUUGAAAUGAUGAAAUCAAAAGUUUACUUGUUUACUUUCCUCAAAUGUUAAGUGGAAGGGUGGUGCUGCUUUCAUUUUAAAUAAAUAAUGGAACAAGAGAAACAUCUUUUGAUUGAAA